AUCAAGAACCCGGAUACGUGGCAUAAUUAAAGGUUAUUCUGCAUUUAAUUUAAUUAUUUUUCAGAAUUCAAGCAGGUCGAAGAUUUCAGAUUUUCACCGAUUAGAUGGAAUUGAAGGUUUCUUCGCUGAAAUCUUGGAUAACCUGACUUUUGGUUGAGAUCUGCGACGAAUAAGGGUCAGAAGACUUGCGAACAAGACCACCAUGGCAUAGCCAGUAAAAUGAACAGAGAGGAUAGUGCUGUGCAAAAUCAGAAAAAAGAAGAGAAGGUCCUGCUGUGGAGGGGGGGUUUCUUUAUUUUUCGUUUUUUUUUUCUUGGGGUGAUUGAUAGCAAUCUGGAAGGAGUGGCAAUAAUGGGGUCCAGUCUGAGCAAACACCAGCAGCAGGCACUGAAAAAGUCCUGGGCGUCUGUCCAGCCCAGGGCCCUGGUCAUGGGCAGGUCCACCUUUGUGGAAGUCCUGAGCAAGUACCCAGAGUACAAGGCAAGGUUCCCCAGGCUCAAGGAUGUGCCCGGCGACCAGCUGCAGGGAAACAAGGCCCUGGACAUUCACGUCAUCUUGUUCACCCAGGCUGUUCGAGCAAUGGUGGAGAACGUGGAGGACUUUGAGCUGGUGGACGAGGUGGCUCGUCGCAUCGCCUACCGCCACGUGCGCAUGGGCAUCGACGAGACGGACUUGGACGUCGUCACGGCCGGCUUCAUUGCCAAGGUGGCCGACGGGUCGGACGACGUGUGGCACGCGGCCGCCAAGUGCCUCAACCACAACAUCGCCGACUACAUGCGACGCAUGAAGACGGCCGGCGACAACGGAUGAUGAUGAUGA